UACCAUUUCGAGCAAUAAAUAUUGUGGAACGCGGGCGAUAACCUAUACAUCUCAUUACAUCAAGCCUGAAUAUACAACGGGGUGACCAUACCAUGCUACGUCACUUAUCCAGGUAGUGUUCUGUGGUCUGGACGGAGAAAGCAAGUAUCUACUUGUCAUGUCCGACACGGUCCAACAAUUUGCUGUCUGUGUUUACUAUCUGUUUGUUAGUGUGCUGUCUGUAUUUCAGGUUGAUGACGGUCUACAGGGUCCCAAUUGCCAAGAUGCCACUGGAAAGACUCCACUGCAUCGUCUCCUACUCUCAGCUGAAAAUGCGCAAGUCAGCAAUGCCAUAGUCGAAUCAAUGCACAUUUUACUGAAUGGAGGCGCAUCUGUCAAUAUUAAAGACAACAUGGGACAGACAGUUGUUCAUCUUGCUGCGAUAGAAAACAUGCCAUUCCACAUCCUCUUUCCUCUCUUCCAAAAGUGCAGCAUUCAUGAAUUGUCUGUCACUGCAGUUCAUGAUUUGAUGUCAACUGCUUGUCUAAAUGUUGAUAUGCUUGUUGCUCUCUGCCAGUCUGAUGUUAAUUUGCUGUCACUUGGAAAGACUAACCUUACAGCAAUUCAUCAAAUGAUUACGAAACAUCGACCAACCAAUGCUCUUCUCAUUCAAACUUUGGCAAGUGAACGAUCAAGUGAAUUCAACAGAAUCAAGGACGAUCUCCUCUUGUAUACAUGUAUGCAUGGAGACAAAGAAACAUUGCAAGCAUUGGUGCAGCUUGGUGCCUCAACUACUGGCAUAGAUACGGUCUUUGAGUUACCAGCUGUACUACUUGCUGCUAGCAGUCCUGCUGAUAAGGAAGCAGUUGAGAAAGUAAAAAUACUGUUAGCUAAUGGAGCCAACAUACACGUCACUAGUAGCAAUGGUCAAAAUCUGUGCCACAUAGCAGCACUCAUGCGUAACGCCAAUCUUGUAGAGCUUGCCAUUGCUGCAAGAGUUGAUCAUACAUAUCAUGAUAAAGAGGGAAGCACUCCACUCCACUAUGCUUGCUCUAUUCCAGGAAAUGGUACUGUCAUCUCUCUCUUGAUUGAAGCUGGACUCGGUGUUCAUGAGCCAAAUUCAGAUGGUUUCACACCUCUAAAUCUCAGCAUCAGAUCCAAAGAUGUCAACAACAUCAUACCACUAAUAAAAGUUUUGGUUGAUUUUGAAAGGUCUAGACUGACGGAUUGCCUGUUUCAAGAUUUACAGAUGUUGGCUCAACCAGAAGUUAUAGCGGCCUCACACAAGCCUGUCGAAUAUGCUCUUAUUUUGAGUUCAUUUUAUGAGCGUAUGGCAAGAGUACAACCCAGGUUAAAGACAAGCUUCAUGGCAUUGUCUGUACAACUGGAAGAGGCAGCAAUUGAUAUGGUCGAGGGGCAAGAAUCAUCACAGCUUCAGGCACUCGCAGUACAUGCAGAUGUUGUUGAAAUGGCAAUAUUGACCGGGCGAAAGAAGUUUAUUGCAACCGAUGCUGUACAGCACGAGCUUCUUCAAGUAUGGCAGGAAUACAUUAAUCCUUUCGUGGCUUUCAUCGUGUUUCUAUUGCAAACUAUUGCCCGUCCAUUUGUCAUCUCUGUUCUUUGGCCUCUAAUCAUCUUCAAUAUUAGAGUGUGGGGUCACUCUCUGUCCUGGGAUAUCAUCAGGCCUCAUGCUGCUCCAAUGACUCGAUAUCGAGUCGAAGCUUUUGCUUAUGUGGUCUUUGUCAUUUUGCUGCUCCAACAAACAGCUGCGUUAGAGUUCUCAAAGGAUGGGAUGACUGAUUGGGCAUGGAUCACUCUCGUGUAUGUACUGGCUCUGCUCCAUAAUGAAGUGGUAUCAAUAGUCAGAGAAGGAUUCCGUUUCUACUUUACUCGAAAUGGUCACAAGAGGAGCUGUUUUACCAUCGUCAUGUUUGUUUUAUUCUAUGGUGUGAGACUUGCUAUUGUGUGGGAUAUUGUAGAGUCAACAAGUACUAUUUACAGACUGUCCAGUUACCUUAUGGCUGGGGCGUUAAUUCUGGCCUGCACUCAACUACUCCGAUACCUCAGGGUUCAUCCACUCAUUGGUCCGAUACAGAAAUCUUUCAGAAAAGUUCAGAAAAGUUUGGUUUUCUUCAUUAUCAUUCUCUUUCUCUAUUUACUUGCAUUUGCAAGCGGGUUGGUCACUGUUUAUGGAGCAACAACCUUGAAGUACAAUGAAACUCAAAGACAGAGAUAUGAAGAAAACUGUCCUUCUAAAGCAUUUGGAAGUUUGCCAUCUUCACUACUAACACUGUUUUUGUCUUUGUUUGGAUUGAUUGACUACGAUGCUCUUGAUAAUUGCUCACAUCUCGAGGAGAUAUUUGGCAAAAUACUGUUUGGGUUAUGGAUUAUACAGGCCUUGAUCAUUCUUCUCAACAUGCUGAUUGCUCUUGUUACCAAUAAGUUUGACGAAGUUCAGAACAAUGCUGAUAUUGAGUGGAAAUUUUCAUUCGGUGCAACUGUUAUUGAUGUCCGAAAGUGCCAGCGGUAUCCAAUACCGUUCAAUCUCCUUCACAUUCACAUUGAUGUUCUAGAAUGGCUGUUUAAUAAAGAUAACUUUAUGAAGAGACGUUUUGCUCUGCUAUCAAUAUCUAACUUAAUACGAUCCAAGUCUGGCAGAAGAAAUGUUGGUACCUUGCAAAUAGACGUUUUCAGAAAAGCUGAAGAAAGGAAAACUUAUGAAAAGGCAGCAACCAAAGGAGAUGUGGCAGAUAUCAAUAAACGCCUCAUUCAUAUAGAGACAUCAUUGUCAUCAGUCUGCACAUCUCUCAAUAUCCAAUCCAAAUCAGAAUCCACCAUGUCUACACUUGAUGAGCUGAGACGUGACAGUUGGGGCUCAUAUAGACAGCGUCUCAACACACUGGCUAACAGCAGUGAAUGGAUUGAAGACAUGGCAACGAGAGUACCAAAUAGUAGAGAUCAGUUCAGGAAAACUCUCAUACACAAAAUAUUGAAAAAGACUGAAUCUACCACCACCACCACCACUACCCACACCAAUCCAAAGUCCCCAGCUCCAUUGCAACCAUCUUCACUGCAGCCCAUUGCUGAAUCAAUACAAAAGACCGAAUCUGACACUAACACCACUACCUACACCAAUGCAAAGUCCCCAGUUGCAGUGCAACGAUCUCCACUGCAGCCCAUUGCUCAACAAUCAAGAGAUGGCACUGCAGUUGCAGAAUCUAAUGCUCUCACACAAGCAUUGAUCUCCUUGCAACGCUCUGUGCAACGGCAAGAGAGCACAUUGCUCCAGAUCGAGGCACGAUUGGCUAACUUGGAAAAUCAAGAAAGACACAGAGAGGGAAGAUACGCCAAACCAGCAACAUCAUUGCAGGCUUUGAUCGAAGAAGAUGCAUUCUAAUCAGCCUGUUGUCAAGGCAACUCGAGAGAAAUGAGGCAACAUUAUAAAUAUUACGAGUGUAUAAUUAGGGAUGUGUCAUACUAUAACCGAUCCCUGAAGCCUGAAAUUUGACUAGAUUGAUAGAAAUUGUAUUCAAAAAUAGGUAACUGUCUAUAAAUCAGUCAACAAUAUACAUAAUUGUGGCUGCCACAUCUGUAUAACUUCAUCUAUUGUGCUGUACUAGUUUGUUCUCUAGAGUAAUCUACUUGCUACUUAUCGCUUACGCUAACAGUAGUGCACAUUGCCAUGUCAUAAAAAAUGGAGUUAGCAUGCACUAACGGUAUUACAGAAUGCAGAAAUGUUGUGAUAGCUAAACCGUUUUUUGUUCGAAAUACAAAUUUA